AUGAAGGAAGCAGUCAAAGAAGCAUCGCACGAGAACAGCAGCAGCAUACCGAGCGUGCGUGGGGAGCAAACCGCUACCGGUGCCAGCUCGCCGAGUGAGGCUUACGCAAAUCUCUCGCUCGAGAGCGCCGACAGCUCUGCGACAGACUCCUUAGAGCGCACGCGCGUGGGCUCUGAUCCUCGCACCGCGCACCGAGCCUCCUCGCCCGCCAAACGCCUGCACUCAGACAUGGACGACGCCGGCAGUAUGGACAUCGACGCGCCAACCGCGAGCAACUCUCGACGGGGCAGCGGCACAUCGAGCCCACGCCCCACCAAGCCGCUCCCUGCUGCCGCCAUGCAGCGCAGCGCUCGGGCAACGUCAGUCGAGAUGGCAGACGCGCCCAACGACAGUGUCAGCUCUGAGGGUGCUUCGCCGGCAGACUUGCCUAGUCUGGACGAGCAGGUCGCUGAGGUCAUGGCCAUGUCAGGCGCCGAGCUCGAGGAAGGCCAGGAGGGCUAUGUUGUGUCUGAGGCUUGGCUGGAGCGAGUCUGGGCGCGCACAACAGAGGGCAAGACCAGACCGAAAGAGUUCAGCAAAGAGGCCACACAGGGCCCGAUUGGACCAGUAGACAACUCAGGGCUUGUGGACACUGAAGCGCUGAGAACUCCUUUGGUUGACCAGAGCGGCGCCGACUUCAUUCCUCUGCGUCAAGGCCUGAUGCUGCACCAGAACCUCGAAGUGUUGCCUGCGAAGGCCUGGGAGCUGGUCGUUCGCUGGUACAGCCUCAAGGAGGGCAGCCCUGUUAUUCGACGCUACGUGCAGAACACUGUGCCCGAUAAGAGCAGCUCAAACCUGCUGUGGGAGCUCUACCCGCCUAUAAUUACAAUCCGCAAGGUCCGCAAGGCUGCAGCGACGCCAACUGAGGAAGCGAAGCUUGCACAGCGCAUUGUGGCCAGCAGGAGUGACAACUUCCAGAAGUUCCUUGACGCUGCGAAGAUAGCAGCUGGUAUCGACGUGAACAGCAAGGUUCGUGUCUGGAGAAUUCUCGCAACCGCACCCUCAGACGGCCCUCAAGAGAAGGCACAGUCGCAGCCAACUGGCAUAUUGACACCAGAUGCGUCGCCGCGCGGUGGCAGUCCCGUUGCUGGCGAGGCGACGCACCGCAUGUCGCUGAUCAUGGACACUGCGAGCUUCACCGGCCUUGCUAACGGCACCGAGCGCGAGCAAGUGACUAGCAAGGACGAGAAGGCAAAUGAAGAAUCGAAUCCGUCGGUGACUCUCGACGCCGCGAGUCUUACCCAAGAUCAGGUCAUUGUGCUUGAGGAAGCUGACGAGAACGGCGAGUACAUGUCGGAUACCGUUCCAGUCAAAACCAAGUUCAAGACUGCGGCAGAGCUCAGGGCAGGCAUGAAAAGCGGCAGCACCAGUGGUAGAAGCACGCCUACUGGUGGCCCACUUACAAGAGGCAGGACACGCAGCGGAAAGGUCCGCGGCCAGACCGGCCUCACGAAUUUAGGCAACACAUGCUACAUGAACUCCGCUCUUCAAUGCCUGCGCAGUGUCGAGGAGCUCAGCUUGUACUUCCUUAAUAACCAGUGGGAGAAUGAGGUCAACAAGGUCAACCCUAUCGGUUACAAGGGACAAAUUGCGAGCGUAUACGCCAACCUGGUCAACAGCAUCUACAGUGUCAAUGGGUCAUCGUCCUUUUCGCCUAAACAGUUCAAACAGACUCUCGGCAGAGCCAACAGUCUGUUCAGUGGCUAUGGGCAGCAAGACUCUCAGGAAUUCUUAAGUUGGCUUAUCGACGCGCUUCACGAGGAUCUGAACCGCAUCAUCACCAAACCUUACAAGGAGAACCCGGAUUCAGACGAUAAUACCUUCCGAGAUCCAGAGGCGAUGAAGCAGUUGGGCGAGAUCUACCGGGGAAAUUACCGUGCACGCAACGAUUCCGUUUCGACAGACCUGUUCAAUGGCUUCUACAAGAACACCAUGGUGUGCCCGGAGUGCGACAAAGUCAGCAUCACAUUCGAUCCAUACAGCCAGUUAACUCUGCAAUUACCCAUCGAGCAAUCCUGGUCACAUACCAUUACCUAUGUACCCUUAUACGGCAAGCCUCAACAGCUUGAUGUUGACAUCGACAAGAACGCCACCAUCAAGACACUGAAGGAGUACGUCGGUAAGCGUUUCGGUGGCGUGAAACCCAACCGCCUCAUGGUCUCUGAAGUUUAUGGCCACAAGUUCUACCGCCAUCUCGAUGACAAUGCUUCGAUCUCCGAAUGCAACAUCGCUACUCGUGACGAUAUCUUUUUCUACGAGCUUGAACAUGUACCCAGUAACUGGCCGGCUCCUAAGAAAAAGCCAAAGGUCAAGACCUUCAUGUCUCAGUCCUCUGAAGACGACCUUCCCAAUUCGGCAUCCUCGCUCCACGAUAGAGUCAUCAUUCCCGUGUUCCACAGAGGACCAAGUGCAUCCUCAUAUAGGGGUUCGCAGUUCACAAUGACACUGUGGCCGUUCCAUAUUGUCGUGACACGCGAGGAAGCGAAGGACUACGAUGAAAUCCUGCGCAAAGUGCUUGCAAAGGUCGCACAGUCUACCACCCGCCCUAUUCUCACGGAGCUCAGCGGGAGCUCCUCUGACCAGUCUCGACCAGGCUCAGACGUUGUCGUCACAACUGAAGAGGACGCACUGCCCAAUGGCGACCCCCGCGUCAAAGAUGGCUCCAUCGAGAGCGAAGACAUGGUCGAGGUCACAAUGACAGAUGCAGAGACGCCCGUUGCCAAGACGUCAAAUCAGUCGGAACUUCCGGAGAUCCUCAAGGCUGGCGCCUUCAUCGAACCACAAUUUAACCAGCUUUUCGAGAUGAAGUACGCUCGCAAAGGCAACGAGUUUGUGCCUACCGGCUGGACUUCGGUUGACCACACCAAGACACUUGAGCCCAUCUCGAAGCGGAUACCAGUCCCUUUGGAGCGAGCGGACUCUGAACAGUCUUCUCGUGCAGGCAGCGAGUCGUCGAGCGAAGAAGACGGGGACUCACCUCAGUCGACUGCUGAUAUUGAUAUCGACCUCAAGGCUGCUAUUGAAGAAGCAAACGUCAGUAGCGACGAAGAGAUACCUUCCAUCGAGCCCCUCGAGCCCUCCGAACCUAUCCGUGGCGGCCGACAGAAGAAGAAGAGCAAGAAGGCCAGGAAGCACGAGCGAAAACUAGAACGUAAGCACAAGAACAACAAGAACUGGAAGGCCAAGAAGAGAGCACCAGAACAGCCAAUCUUCCCUGAUGAUGCUGAAAACGACAAUGAGGGUUUGAUCCGUCUUGGGGAAGCUAUCGUGUUGGAGUGGAACCCUGAGGCUUAUGAUGCGCUCUUUGGUGGCCUGAACGCCGAUGAUUCUCGCGGCACGGACGUCAUGAAGAGCAUCGAGACAUUCGAUGAUCCUGAGAUCGCAGAGAAGAAUGCCAAGCGAAUUGCUCGUAAGAAGAGCGGGAUCACGUUGGACGAGUGUCUUACGGAGACAUCAAAGAGCGAGACGCUGUCUGAAGACAACCCGUGGUACUGCAGCAACUGCAAGGAGAUGCGCCGCGCGACGAAGACACUCGAUAUCUGGACAGUACCGGACAUCCUGAUCAUUCACUUGAAGCGCUUCAGUGGGUUCCGUUCUUUUAGGGACAAGAUCGAUGAUAAAGUUGACUUCCCAGUCCAAGGUCUGGAUCUCAGCGGCAAGGUCGGAUUCCCCGAGGACAAGAGUCUUGUGUACGAUCUUUUUGCGGUAGACAACCAUUUCGGCGGCCUAGGAGGAGGUCACUACACAGCCACUGCUCAAAAUUUUUUCGACAAGCAGUGGUACAACUACAAUGACUCCUCGGUGCACAGAUGCUCUGGUGGUGAGGAAGCUGUUACGAAGGCCGCCUACCUGCUGUUUUAUCGCCGCCGCUCCAGUAGCCCUUUAGGCCCAGAGUCGCUACAGAAGAUCGUCCAAAAGGAUAUCGAAGCCGGCUCUGAUGACGAGUCUGAUAUUGAGAACCGUUCGCGUUCACCGGCGGGAAACGGCUCGCGCCUCGGCGGCUCGUCCCGCAAUGGAUCGUCGAGAGCUGGCGCAGCAGGAGCGGAAGCCGGAGUCCUGUACGGGGAUGGCUCAGCCCUUUCGGCAGCCGCAAUCCCUCGAGGGACCCUAGCAAGGAACGGAGCAGGUCUCGAGAGUCUCGACGGGAAUAGUCCGCCAGAUUAUGACGACGAGACUUUGGGUGAUGACGAAGGCUUCAGCGGUAUCGAUACCCAAGGCGGUGGUGGCAUGCUGUACGGACCGGUCGCUCCCCGCUAUCUGGAUGACGGGCCCACAUGGAGCUUUGACACUCUGGCCGCAGGCCGUGGUAACGAUUCAGACGAUGCCUUGUCUAACGCUCCUGCCCUAGGGUCGGACAACGGCGAGUACCUUGAGCAGCGCAUGAUGGAGGACUUCGGCGAUGACGAAUCGACUCCAUUCCCUGGCACGUCAACACCCAUGCACUUCGAGCCACCAUCCGGUGUCGACGAUGAGGAGGUCAAGGAGAUUCGCAUCGAGGCGGAUUAA